AUGACCAAGAAGAGGAGGAACAACAGGUGCACCAAGAAGGGCCAUGGCCAUGUGCAGCCAGUCUGCUGCACCAACUGUGCCUGCUGCAUGCCCAAGGACAAGGCCAUCAAGAAUUUCAUGAUUCACAACAUUGUGGAUGCCAGGGCUGUCAGGGACAUCUCUGAGGCCAGUGUUUUCGACUUUUAUGUGCUCCCCAAACUGUAUGUGAAACUGCAUUACUGUGUAAGCUCCACGAUCCACAGCAAGGUAGUGAGGAAUGACUCUCAUGAGGCACAAAAGGAUCAGACACCCCCACCCCACUUCAGACCUGCUGGUUCUGCCUCCAUACCCCCUCCAAAGCCAAUGUAA